AUGAGCGUCCAAAGUGAAGUCGUCACCUUGUUUUUUGUGGGUUUCGCAACGAAAAUCGAUCGCCUUACUGUACUUUUACUCCUCAGAUAUUUUGAACUAUUUUUUUGGUCAAUCAGAGUUUCAAAUUGUCCUAAAAGCCUCAAAAAAGACCUUAAAGCUAGUUUUUCUCCGUAGGGCGCACUUGAUGUCACUUCGAAGACUUUUUCAAGCUUUUUUUUCCUGACUUCGAUUACCUAACAUUCCUCUAGAUCCGCUAGAAAAUUUUAAAAAUUUUGAAUUUCCGGUUUCUAUCCGUGGAGCAAACUUGCAAAAGAUUUUUGAGUUUUUUUGACGUUUAUUUUUUUACUUUCUUUUUGAAUUUUUCUUGAGAAUUUUUGACAAAAAAAUCAACAUUUUUUUCCGCCUCGACGAAGUAAAAGCUGAGUUCUGGUGUCGAAAAAAAUCACUAAAAAGGACACUUGGAGCUGGUUUUAUCCAUAGAGCAAACUUGACCACCAUUUUUUUAAAACUUACAUAAUUUUUUUCCUGAUUUUUAACCACUUUUUUGCUUCCCGCUAGAUUUACUAGGAGUUUUUUUCAUUUUUUUCAAAUAUAAAAAAAAAUUAAAAAGAGCCCUUGAAGCUGGUUUUCUCCGUGGAGCGCACUUGAGCAUCAUUUUGAGAACUUAUUGAUUUUUUUUUCGGAGUGGAAGCUGAGGCGAUGAUUUUUUCUGAAAAUGCUAUUUUUUUGAGCUUCAUCCCCACGUUUCCUAGAAAGGUACCUGAGAAUUCUUUUUUUUCCCGCCUUGAAAUCGGAGUAAAAGCUGGGGGGCCGUCUGGUCGUGUAUGUGUCCUGUGAGUGGCGAAAAUUGAAAGGAAAAGACGUCGGGAACGGGGACCUCAUGUUAAUGUUUGAAUAGGCCCCGUCCGCGACCAACCCUAAACGGGAGAGACCGCACCUCCUUGUCCUUCUCCGCCGCCCGCCAACAACGCUUAAACUUUGUCUUCACCUGGUUUUCUUACCUGAGCGAGAAAAAUAGGCUUAAAUUCGAGAUUGAUCUGUUUUUCGACGACUCAAAACGCUUUAGAACCGUUUAGAAAGGCUUUUGAGACGCUUGAAAUUUGUCUCCACCUGGUUUUCUCACCUGAAAAAAAGUUUCUAAUUCGUGAAAUGUCGGAUUUUUCACGGCUCAAACCGCGUAAAAUGACAUUUUGAUCCGUUCUUCACCUACAGCUGCAACCGACCCUAACCGACUUCCCGCCUAGGCGGAUCUCUUCAUUCUUCAUCAGCCAAAAAAGGCUCAAACUUUUUCUCUCUCUGGUUUUUUUGACCUGAUAUCGUUAGCUUUUCGAAAAGGGGAAGCUCAAAUUCGUGACUCAAAGCGUCUUGAAACUGCGGAAAAUGGCUCUUGGAAUCGCUCAUACUUCUUCUCUACCUGGCUUCUUAUCUGAUUUUUUGAAAAAAAAAAAUCGUAAAUUUCCCGCCUUGAAAUCGCAUAGAAUGGCUGUUCGAGUCAAUUUUGACGAUAAAAUUGAAAUUUUAAUUUUGAUUCUUAACCAAAAAGCGCAUCUCGAGAAGCUCACAAUAUAGGCUACAAGAGGUCGCGAAAGUCGUUUUUUUGGUCGGGCGCAGCGAAUUUUUUUCAAGAACCGAGAUUAAAGAGCCAUUCUGGACUACAAAGAGUUUUUUUCAUUAGUCUCAUUAAUUUAUAAAAUUGCAUUUUUUGAUGCUCAUGAACCAUUACGAAAUCAAAAAUAAAGAAAUUUCAAUUUUUUUGUGUCAAAGCCUUUAAUUUUCAUUUUCUUGGUGGCUUUGACCUGCAGGACUUGACACUUGAAUAUUUUUCGCUUUGAGACCCUUUUUGAUGUUUUUUUCUAUGAUCCGUUAAAGACCCAAGAUUAAUUUUAGGACAGGCUCUUCCAUCGAUUUGACUUUUUUCCAACCUUAAAAGGACACUUUGGCGUCAUUUUAGCGAUAAGAUCGUGUGACCUACAAGGUCAAAACUCCCAGGAUACUUUAUUGAUCAUUUUUGAUCCUAUUUUUCCAUUUUCCUACCUUCUUGAACCCAAUCAGCUUCUAAAAUAAGGAUAUUUGUUUGAAUCUUCUUUUAAUUAGACAACUUCGAAAGGUAUUUCUUGGAAUAAUGACCAAAUGACGGGAAUUUUUUACAAUGUGGGGAUUAUCUUUCUUCUUAUCCUCCUUCUGCAUGCUGAUUAUUCUCCUUUUCCUCCUCCUCCACCUUCUUUUUCAACGUUUGUUCAUAUCGUUAUUAAUUCUUUUUUCUGUCGUUCGUUUUCGAUUUGUUCUGUGCACGUUGAAAUUAAUCAGUUUGGUAGGAAACUUGGUUUUUCCAAUAAAAAUUUAAAAAUUGGAAGGUUUGGUGUGAUAUUCAAAUGAAAUACUAUAUUUUGUAAGAAAUCUAACAUUAAAUAAAAAAUUUCAAAAAAAGAUGAUAAAUAAUUUUUUCACUGUGGCCCACUUCAGUGUAAACACUGUUGCGGUCAAUACGCGUUCUCUUUAUUUUCACGACUAUUUUUUUUUGUUUUCCUUAUUUUUUGCUGUUUUUUCAGAUCAAUUUUAUCGAUUUUCUAUGAAAACAUUCAUUUUAGACUGUAGAUUUAGCGGGAUAGUUUUGAAACAGAUAAUUGACCGUUCUUAGCUCGUUUGCGUUAAAUAAAUCGGUUUUUUAUUCAAACAGUUGUUUUUUUUCUCUUGGAUUUUCUCAGUUUUAUCUUUUAAAUCAUUCAAAAAAUGUCCAGUGGAGCUUCAUAAUCGUAAAUAUUAGGUUUUAAAACGAAGUUCCCUUGAAUGAACUUCACGCAAACCAAUUAUCAUUUCUUUUUUUCUUCAAUCCCUCACGUCUAAUUACGUUGAUUUUUCAGGAGCAUGUAAGCACGCCCGCGGGGCAAGAGAAGAAAGAAGAAAAAGACAGGAAAACCGCGUCUUCCGCCAAUAAUCAACCGCCCAACAACAAUAAUAGCAAGGAAUCGUCGUCUUCAGCGGCGACAGCCAAUAAAAAACCGACUUCCUCCACAAGUACUCCAGUUUCCAAGGUUUGUUUUUGACUUAUACGAUCUUUCUUCAUGUUAUAUUUUGAUUAAAAAUUCGUGUUUUGAUAUUGUGUUCCGUUUUUUCAACUAAGGGUAUCUUUUCAAAUGUUAAAUUGUGUUAGAAACUUUAAAUUUGAGAAAUUCAUUUUAAAUCGUUUUCAAGGGUUUUUUAAACCUAGGAUGUUCUUUUUAACAUGUUAACUAUUGUUUGGGACCUAAAAUUUAACUGGAAAAUCUAGUUUAGUUGAUAUUUUUCACCUAGAAUGUCUUUUUAAAAGUGGUUUUUUGUCAUUUUUAUCUAUUUUUAGUAGUAAAAAAGCGUUUUACAUAUUUUUCUAAUAGUAUUCCGACUGAAAAAAAUGGGUUCAAUAGAAAAAAAUAUUUGUUUAUUUUUCCGGCCAAUCCAUCAUGACGUAGAUUGUUUUUGACAAGUGGGGCUUUUUCCAAGCUGUAUAAAGGAACUUUUUCUUUUUUUGAUUUAGAAUUUUUUAUAUAUUGUUUACGCAGUUUUUGAAUAUUUUUUUCCGUUGGAAAAUUGCUCGAUUUUAGGAAUUUUUUUCGAGAAUUUUUCGUCAUAGUUUCUGAUUUUUAAUUCGAUUCAAACUGGAUUUUUUUGAAAUUUUGAAAACUUUUUUUAGCAAUUUUUUAAAAAGGUUUUUUUCGAUUUUUUUGUACUUUAUGUAAAAAGAUUUUUGGUUUGAUUUUUCGAAAAAGAAUUUGCUAUGGAAAAAAAGUUUUUUUCCGUUUUUUUAGACUUGACUAUGUUUUUCUCAUGAUUUUUCUCCAUUUUUUUAAUCUUUUUCAAAAAAAAUUAAAUUUUUUUCACUAAAAAUGACCAUUUUUUUACUGCAAAACCAGGAAUCUUUUUUUCUAAUUUUUUUCUUCGAGUCAACCAAAAAAAAUAAAAAAAGAAAUGAUGUCGAAGGAGUUCACUGAAGCGUUUGCUUGAUCCCAAACGCGAUCAGAAAAAAUUUUUUCUGGCCCAUUUUCGCGGACUUUUUUUGUGCACCCGACCGUGAACGGCUUCUAGGAGGCGAAAAUGUAGUCGUUUAACGUGUAAAUUCCUGUUUCAGGGGGCUUCCAAUAGGGCAUUUUUAGAAUUUUGUUCAAUCUAUCUACAGAAUGAGUACUAAAUAUUGAAACAAUGGUUUCAGGACUGGCGUACCCAUCAAACUUGAUAAAUAAAACUCACUCAUAAUUAUUUAGAGUCUAUACGCCUUCGUGAACUUGAAGUCUUAACAUUUUUCUAAUAUCUUGUCUUUUGAUCAAAUCAUGAUAAAUUGGAACCUACCAAUCAGUUUGCCCAAAAAUCAGGUUUUUGGCACGCGGCUAACCAUCAUCUCUAACAACGGCAAAUUUAUCUUGUUAGAAGGGAGCCAGCUCUAGCAACCCAAAUUAUUUUUGUCUUAUACUACUAGCGUUACUCUUUAUUCUAAAUGUGUUUCAGGCUACUCUAGAUUUACUUUCUUUUUAGAACUGCAAAAUAUGCGAAAAAAUCUAAGAUCAACGAUUAAUCGCAUAUUACAGCCCCCCUCUCAAAUAAGAACAGCCUAACCUUAACCCAAUUAUAUAUUUUUCGAAGCUGAGACUUUGGGCUUUUGUAUAAUGUAGUCCUACACUGAAUUAGAAAAAAUCAAGUUCGAGCAGAGAUAAAAUUCCGUUUUGCAUGAUUUUGAAAAUGAAAAAAACGGUUUUGUUAGCUCUUUUCGGGGAGUGCUCCUAUCAUUUGUGUUAACGCUCAUUGAUGGAAAUUUCUAAGAAAUAUUGCGAAAAACCCAAAGUUUAGUUUUUGUGUAUCUAUUUGAACAUGAACGUUCAGAUAACUUUUUACCAGUUAUAAACAUCGAAAAAUGACCGCGUGCCGUUGGGGCUUGGGUCCUACACACUUUUCGAGCCAGAGCAGAGCUGAAUGAAGAUAGGAAUUGGAUUAGUUUCAUGAAUUUCGGAAUGUACUUGCCAGAAUUGCCAACGAAAAGUUUUGGUACGGAUCAUUCACUUUUCCUCGGAGUUGCGCUUGUUCAAACGUGUUUCAAUAAUUAGUACUCACUCUGUAUAUUUGUAUGAUUUGUAUUGUCUCGAAAGUUCAAAUCCACUUUGUUCUUUUUUUUCUGUUCCUUACAGCUUGAAUUUAAUUUGAAAACCACACAAAUCAAAAAAUAAAUUUUGAAAUUUUGAAUUAAAAGACGGGAGAAAAGGGUGUAGGUGAUGGUUUUUCGAAAAAAUGGGUUUUAAAAGUUUCAAAUGUAAAAUAUUCAAGAAACAACGAUUUAUUCUAUUCUGGAUGCCCUUUAGGCUCCACUUGAUCCUUCCUAGACUGUUUAUUGGACGGAAAAUGAGAAAUUUCAAGUUUUACUGUAGAAAAUGUUCCUUGGAGGGCCUCUUUUCCAUUUGAAAUUAAAAAAAAAGGUUUUUUCAAAGUUUUUUCCUUUAAGGCUCUACUUGACCCUUUUUAGUCAAUUUAUUAGACGGAAAAUAAGAAUUCUCAAGUUUUACUGUAAAACAUUUCCCUUGGAGGACUACUUUUCUGUUUUUUAAAUUAAAGAUUCUGGUUUUUUUCUUUCCAAAUUUUGUCCCUUAAGGCUCUACUUGAUCCUCACAAAAGUAUAAUGAUGCGAAGAAUGAAUUUUUUCGUCGUAGGACCUUUUUUCUAUUUUUUUUUAACCUUUAAAACCUUUUAUUCAAGUUUUUGUCAUUUGAAGCUCUUAUUCAAAUUCUAAAAUACUUGUUUUUUCAAAAUUUUAUCACUUAAGACUCCACUUGAUCCGUCCAUGUAAAAGUUCAUUUUUUUCAAAGUUUGGUCCCUUAAGGUUCCACUUGACCCUUUCUAGGUUAUUUAUUGAACGUAAAAUGAGAUUUCUCAUGUUUUACUGUGAGAACUGUUCCUUGGAGGUCCUCUUUUUUGCUCUCGGACUUUAAAAAAAGUUCUCAAAGUUUGGUCCCUUAAGGCUUCACUUGGACCUUCCAAAGUAAUUAAUUAGGCGGAAAAUGAGCAAAUAUUCUGAAAAGCGGGUUUCUCGUUGGAAUAAUUCAUGUCAGGGAAUCGAAGGAAAAAAAAAAUCCAAUACUUCCAGUUUGUGUGUGCUGAAAGAAGAAGGGGGAAAAAUGGGAAGACCAUCAAUUUAUUUGCCUUUUCUUUUUCGUCUACCUUCCCGCCCUUUGGAUUAUUUGAUCUCGACCUCCCCUCCCAUUGGCUGUUGAAAACCCGCCAACUCCUAUUUUUUUCCUUUCUGUUUUUUUUUCGCCUUUUUUGACGUAAUUCACGAUUUUUUGAUUGAUUUUCAUGCCAUUUUGCUCUUUCCCACAGUAAAAACGUUGAAAAUUAUCAAAAAAAAAUCCAAUCGCUUUUUUUUGCUCAUUUUUUGAGUUUUUCAACCAUUUUAAGUCCGAUUUUCAUGCCAUUUUGCUCUUUCCCACAGUAAAAACGGUGAAAAUUAUCAACUGAAAAAUUCAAUCGCUUUUUUUUUCGAUUUUUUGAGUUUUUCAACGAUUUUAGAUCCAAUUUUCAUGCCAUUUUGCUCUUUCCUACACUAAAAACGUUGAAAAUAUCAAAAAAAAAAUCCAAUCGCUUUUUUUCGCUCAAUUUUUGAGUUUUUCAACGUUUAUAGGUUCAAUUUUCAUGCCAUUUUGUUCGUUUCUACACUAAAAACGUUGAAAAUUAUCAACUGAAAAAAUCCAACACUUUUUUUGCCCAUUUUUUUCAGUUUUUUUCAACGAUUUUUUUCGCCUCAUUUUUGAUGCCUAUUAGCCCCUUUUUUUCACCUGAAAAUCUUAUAAAUUAGUCUUUUUAUAUCUCGAAAAUAAUUUCUCUGUCAAAAAAAUGGUUCAAAAAGAGGGGAUUUAUAGGGUUUUUAUUCUAAUGAUUUUUUUCGGUCAUUGGUUUUUUCUUGUCUUCAAUAAAUGGCUGUUAAAAAUCCUGCCAACUCAUGUUUCCGUUGUUUUUUUCUUUGAUUUUAUAACUAAUUCACGAUUUUUAUAAUUAUUUUUUUCAACCCAUUUGCUCAUUUUUUUCUAAUUGAAAAAAAGCGAGAAAUGUGUACUUUUAUGUCCCAAAAACUGUUUCAUCGAAAAUCGUUUCCAAAAAAAGUAGAAGGCUUCUUGACUUUUUUUGAUUUUUUUACGAUUUUGCAGCUCUUCGAAGGUUCCUAACAUAUUAAAAAAAGUUUUUUUCGAACUUUUUGAUCUUUUUUUGAAUUGAAACUGGUUUUGGUUGCCUAGAAAUACCUUUUAAAUCUUUUUUUCUUUGAUUUUUUUCGCUUUAUUCAUGUUUUUUUGUUUAGGCUCCAAUUUGAAGGUCAAGUCUGUUGGAAAAAAAUGAAUAUAACUCAAUGGAAUAUUGAACUUUUUUUGAGUGUUUUGAAACAAAAAAAUUUUUUUAAGUAUCGAUUUUUUUGUCUUUUUUUCAACAUUCUGAGCUUCACUAAAAAUUGGAAAAAUUGUCUUGAAAAAAAGUAGAAAAAAAUUUUUUUAUUUUUCGCUUUUCAGUUCAUGAAUUGGUCGUGAUUGAUUGAAAAAAAUGUGUGAUUUUUCAAAAAAAUUAUAAGUUUGAAUUUUCUAAAGAGCAAAAAUUGGCUUCAAUCUUACCAGUUUUCUUCAAUUUUACCUUUUUUUCCAAGUAAAAUUAUUUUUUUCUUCGAUUUUUUUCGAUAAAUUUUUUUCCAUUUGAAUGAAAAAUUGAUUGAUUGAUUAUUAUCAUAAUCAUGCCCUGCUCAAUUUUUUCUAGAGUUUAAAUUUUUCCAGAGAUCGGCGGAUCAGCCAAGAGCCCAACGCGAGAUGAACGGCGGGACGAAGGCGAUGGUCGGGCCCUCCGGGACUCCCGCUCAUCCCGGCCAGCAGCCGCCGCCCUCACAGCAGGCCCAGCAGCAGUCCAACACGGCGCCCAACUCGGCCCGAGUUCCUCCCGGCGGCGGGCAGGUCAGCCCUCCUUAAAUGACCACUUGAUCGAUUUUUCGAUUUUUUUGAUUUUUUCGAUUUUUUUUUAGUUGAUCCUGACACGAGGGCGUAGGGUUAAGCAAAUUCGAAAAGAGCUUUUUUUCAAUAAUUUAAGCUUUCUUUUCCUUCUUGGGAGUGCUAGAGUGGUCCCUAGAGGGACACUUGAAGGCUCCCCUAUAGGGACCACUUAUAGGGGCACUAAAGCUUGAAAAAGUGGCCACUCUAGGGGAAAAUACCUUUAUAACUCUCGAAUCACAACAAAAUUCGAAAGAUCACUAUAGGGACCACUUAAAUUUUCCUCAAAACCCCAUAGGGACCACUUAAGUUUUAGCCCUCUAGGGAACACUAUAGAGGCUUUUUUCUUCACGAAUCCCUUUAGGGACCACUCUGGCCCUCCCAAGCGUAAUAACUUCUUAGAAAAAUGUAUAGAUCGUGUUAAAGGAGAGAGCGCAAAGAAGCUAGAAUUUCCAAAAAUUGAGAUUGAAAGGAGGAAUUUUCUUGUGAGACCUUUUUCUGAAAAUUACUACUUUUUUUAGUAAUUUUUUUAUUGAUUUUUCGGGCUUUUGAUGGUUUUUUUAUAAAUUUUUCGCUAACAUUUUUUUAUUUUUUUACAGACAUUUUUCAGCCGAUUUUUUUGGUCGGAAAAUUUUUGAUUUUAUGGGAGAAAAAAAUGAGUUUUUUUCGCUUCAAAAUGAUAAAAAUUGAUAAUUUUUUUGAUAAUAUCAGCACAAAAAAAUAAAGGAAUUUUUUUCGUGAUGCGUAUUUUUCAAAAUUUUUAAUGUUUGUCAAUGUUUUUAAAAUUGAAAUUGGAUAUUAUUAACAAUUUUCAGCACCCCAGCAGUACGGCAAGUGGACGAACGCCAUCGUCUGGAAGGUACUUUUUUUAAUUUUUGAUUUUUUCUUGUUUUAAUUUUGAAAAAUUGGUAAAAUACAGUUGAAAAGUUCACAUUACUGUUUCUGGCCGAAUUUUUUGUUGACUUGGUCUCUCGGAAUUUAUUAUUAACACAAAAACGGAGAAAAAAAGGCUGGCACUGAAAAAUUGUUGAAAAGUUCAUUUUACUGUUUCUGGCUUUUUUGAUCCAUUUUUUCCAGUGAAAUAAUGACGUCAUUUUUUCUAACCUUUCUCGGUCGUUUAUGGGCGAAAAGCGGAUUUUUACUAAUUGACGUCCCCCAGGGGCUGACCAAACACGUCUAUUUCCAUUCUGCGAACAUGCGGCUUUUUUUCUCUCUUAGUAGUUGGAUUUUUGGACCUGUUCUGUUGGUUUUGAGCAGUUUUGGUACAGAAUUUUGAAAUUUUCGGAGAAUUUUUGGAAGUUUCGAGGAUUUUUAGGCUAUUUUUCCACUGGGUUUAAAGUUUCCAUAGUAGUAUUUUCAUUAAAGUUUCGAUUAAAAUAAAUUUGGUUUUUCUGCUGAUUUCGUAGAGAGUCAGGCCAAUUUGUGGCUCUUUUUCCAUUUUUUUGAGCAAAAGUGAGUAUCGAUUUUUUUUUGGUGAGAUUUUUCACGAAGCUCUAGACAUCAGGAAGAUGAUGGAGAGUUCCAGACAGCUAGAGUGAUCUGAUUCUCUUCGGUUUCUGUACACUCUUUUCUACUUAGGAAAGCCAAAGUGGUCCCUGGAGGGGACAGAAUAGGACUUAAUUUAAGUGGUCAUUUUAGGGGUUUUUCUGACCCGGAACCCAUCAGGCUUAAGUGGUCCCUAUAGUGGUCUUUUUUAGACUUGAAAGUCAAAAAGACGUGUAGAACUGGUCCGCCAAAGUCGCCAUUAACAAAAACCCUGUAGAGGCCACUUUUUGAAGUUUAAAUAUCUAGUGAAGUGGCUCCUAAAGCGGAAUCAAAAUUGCCCCUCUAGGGACCCCUCUGCCCGCCCCUGAGUAACCUACUUUUCUACCCAUUUUUCCUGAAUCAAAUUGUUCAUUCUCUGAUGUUUGAAGCCUACUUGAGAAGCAGUAGGACCUAUUUUUUCCAUCCUUUUUUUCUCCUUCACACCGCCCGUCGAUAAAAUAUUCUGCAGUGGUGAAUAGGCGGCUGUCACGGACGUUUUUUUUUUUGACCUUUUGGACGGGUUUUUUCUCCCUGGAGGAACACUGGAACCAUUGCGAAACGCGCCGUUUUAUGAAUCAUCUUUUCUUUUUUUCUUGCCUCCGGAAAUAUUUACAUUGAAGAUGAGUUUUCACCGGGUCUUCCUGUUUGUUUUGGGAAUUAAACGAAAAGUUUUUUUUUCGGUGGCUUUUUGAAUUUUAUUCCGUGAUUUUUGAGACAUUUUGAGCAUUUUUUUAGGAGGUUUUUAAGCGCGGAAUUGAAGUUUUUAGAUUUUUAAGCGGAAUCGUGACCUAAAAUUCGAUAUUGUCAGGCCUAGAAGGAAGAUUUUUGAAGCCUAAAGCAGGAAAAGUAGAGAUUUUUGGAGGUUAAAGCAGGAAAAGUGGAGAUUUUUCGGUUUUAAGAGUGAUUUCCUGAUUGAAAAAUUUUUUCUCUGUCUAAUUUUGAGCUUCAUCGCACUGGGAUUUUCAAAAAAAAGUCAAAUUUUAUUGAAAGAAAGGGAAAUUUUUUUCAAAAAAAUUGGCCCGAUAAGUUUUUGGAUUUGUAGAGAAAUUGACUAAAACUUGAUUUUUUUAACUUCUAAAAUGAAUCAAAUUUAAAAAAAUUUCCUCCUUUUUUUGGUCACAAAAUCUUCAAAAAAACUUUAAGAUUUGACCUUUGAAAAAAAUUAUUUGAAGCCAAAAAAAUCCAUAUGUUUCCAACUGGAAAAAUUGUUUCCUGCCCUAGAAUCUAAUUCGGAAACGAUGACUCACGUUUUAUAAAAAUAUCUGGUUCGUUGGUCAUUUUUCCCUUUCUGCAUGAGCGCAAAAAACAAAUCGUUUACGCUCUAAUGACAAAGUGACCGUUUUUGGGGGGAGAUUUGGCGCCAGGUGGUGGCGGUUCCAUUCUUUUCCGUUGUUUUUGAUUGAUUUUAAGGUUUUUUCCAGGUUUUUUGAGCUAAAAUAGGUUGGAAUGAUACUUUUUGUGUAGUUGUUUGAAGCAAAAAUGUGAGAAAUUUAUGAAAAAUGGGCUUUUUCGGGGCUUUUUUUUUUGUUUUUAGUGAGGAUUUUGAACUUUUAAAGCAAUUUUAGGGCUCAAUUUGGGAUUUUUAAAGCUUUUUUUCACGAGGAAAACUUGGAAAUCUGAGAUAAAAAAAUGUGACUUUUUUUGAAUUUUAACCUUGAAAAUCUUGGAUUUUUUUCUCAUUUCUUUCAAAAUUCGUCAUUGAGAAACUUCAGAAAAAUUCAAAUUUUUCUUCGACUUUGUGGUCAGUAAAUCUCAAAACUUUGAGUUUCUUCAAUGAGAUCAUAAAAUCCACAUUUUCUUACGAGACCCUGUCCUUUUAGGGCGGAAAAAUAACACUUUUCGUUGUUUUUUCCUCCUCGUUUUGGGCUUCGAUCCCAUUUCUAAUUGCGCUAUUUUGCGCCUUCUUCCCCAUUUUUUCCCUUCUCGGUUUGUUUCUCUUUUUGCUGACUCCCAAGACGCCUCUUCGUUCUUUCCCAACGAACGAACAAUCCCAAAAAUGUCAGAAUUUUCGAGCUUUUUCGAAAUUUUCUAUGGUCAUUUUUGGUUUGUGUGAAGAGCUUGGAAGUCGAUUUUUGGCUCUUUUUGAGAAUAUCUGAAUUUCCCCAUUGUUUUUCCAUGUGAUUUCGAAAGUUUUUUGGAGAUUUUUAUUGAUUUUUUUGAUCGACGAAAAUCGUGUAUUUUUGUUUUCUCUGCCCUUUUAGAAGCCUUUUAAAUAACUCGAAAUUGAUUCCAAAAUUUUUUAAAUCUCGUAUUUUCCAGAUUUUUUAGGAUUUUCAGUGAAAAAUAGCAGCUUUUGACUGAGGAAAUUGGAAAAAGGGUAAGUGUGCGAUGGAGCGCAUUUGCUGUAAAUUUUAUUUUUCUGCUGGUUUUUCAGGAUUUUUAGUGAAUAAUAACAGUUAUUUGACUAAGAAAAUAGGAAAAUUGACAACUGUGCGAUGGAGCGAACUUGCUGCAAAUUUUUUUUUCCCGUCUUUUGAAGAUUUUUUGCUUGAAACUGUAAGAAAUGAGUGUAAAUUCAGAUCGAUUUUCGAUUGUAAAGUGAAGAAAGGUCUUUUUCACUCUACAGUAUAUAUGUGCGAUGGAGCGAAUUUACUGCAAAUUUUACUUCCAGUUGCACCUUUCUCUGCUUUUUUCUAAAGAUUUUUUGCUUGAAACUGUAAAAAAUGGGAAAAAUUGCGAAAUUUGGUUUUUAAGUUGAGAAAGGUGUCUUUUUAGCUCUUUAAAAUGGUUUUUGGGAUUUUUUCGACAUUUUUACUGUAUUUUUGCUCAAAAUUUUAGCUAAAAUUCAGCAAUUUGGACCGGAAAAGUCCGGUUUUAUUUAGGAUAGUUACUGAAAAAUCGUGAUAAGAUGGAAAUCAGCUCUUUCGGGAGCUCUUGAUAUUUUUUUCAAGUAUUUCUGGACCUGGAAAAGUCUAGGUUUCCGCUAAAUACCCAUUUCUUCGUUUUACACUAGAUUAGAUACUGUAAAAUCCUAAUAAAGCAACAAAAAACUCUUCUGGAACUUGUAAUAGUUCCUUCCCAAUAUCUGGACCUGGAAAAGUCCAAAAAGGUUUUCCGCUAGCUACUCAUUUCUCGGCCCAUUUGGUCCAAAACGACCCCGUUUUAUUCGAGUAUGGGAUUACUGGACUGAAAUCGCAGCAGCAGCAGUAGGAGCCGUCCAAGUGGCCUCGGCAUCCUUCCGUUCGCGGCCCAAAUCCCAUUCACUUUCAUUGCAUAAUUAUUCCCCCCCCCCGCGAUUGUCCGUGUGAAAAUGAGAGUUCGCCGUUCCGCACGCAACUCCGAUUGGAAAUCACCGUGACGAGUUGAUUUUGGAGAGAGGUGGUCGCAUUUGGAAUGGCUUGAAAUGCUUGAAAGGAGAGAAAAGCAUAAGAUCUUUGAAAGGUCGCAUUUGGAAUGGCUUAGGAAGUAUGAAGGAGAGGGAGGAGAGGGUUAGAGAAGAGAGACGAAAGGAUGAAAGAAUCGAGCUUUGAGUUUUCCAAAAGUCGCAUUUUUAAUGGCUUGAAAAGUUGGAAAGAGAGAGAAGAGAGCAGAGAGAAGCACAGACUGUAGAAUGAAGCAUAGGAUCUUCCAAAGGCCGCACUUGGAAUGGCUUGAAAAGUUGGAAGGAGAGAGGAGAGAGAGUAGAGAAGAGAGGCGAAUAAAUGAGAGAAGUGAGAUAGAAGAGAUGAACGAGAGACGCAGAGAAAACAUAGAAUCUGGCCUAUGAAAGGUCGCACUGGGAAUGGUUUGAAAAGUUUGAGUGAUUUUUUUUCUCGAAUUUCUAGGAGAAUUUCAACGAGAGAUUGAAAAAAACGAUCUACAGAGCCGUUACCGUGGGAAGUGGUCGCAUUUGGAAUGGCUUGAAAAGUUGAGAGGAGAGAGAGAGGCAGAAGUUUGAGAGACUGUUUAGAAAAGCAUUGAUUUUCUGAGAAAAGGUGAGGCUAGGCUGAUGUGAUGAGUGAGAGAAGAGAUGAAUGAGAGACGUAGAGAAGCGAGAGAUAUUCUAAAGAUGAGCAUUCCGAGUGUUUCCUACCAUAUCUGUUUCACUAGUGGUCGCGUUUGAAAUGGCUCGAUGAAAAAAAGAGAGAGAGACGCAGAGAAGCGAGAAAGUAUCUUAAUGGUCGCAUUUGGAAUGGCUUUUAGUGAGAGAGAGAGAGGAAAUUAUCGAUUUUUAAGAAGGGUCCCAAAAUCAACUUCCUGGUCUAUUUCUGACUCAUUUUUCAGUUUUAGUUUGUAUUGUUAUUGUUUUUCCUUUAAGCUCUCACUUUUGUGUCUUUUUUCUAUUUCUCCCGCCGCCCGCCCGUCUUUUAUUGGCGUUCUGGAACAACUGACGCCGUUUUUUUUCUCUCUUUCUCCUUGUUUUUUGUUCCUUCGUUCGCCUCUCAGCCGUUCCGGAGAUUUGUGACAGCCCGUAGAAAGAGCUUAAUUGGAUGAGGAGGCCGAUUUUCCCUUAAUUUUCUUCUUUAGUGGAGGUCGAGCUUGUUGUUGGGUUUUGGCUGAUUUUUAGGCGUUUUUAUUGAAAAUUGUGUUAUUUUUGAGUCUUUUUCACUGUAUUUCAGAUUCAUUUUGAGUCAUUUUUGCUCGUAUUUGGCUGAUUUUUGACUUUUUUUCAUAGAUUUUGGGUUAUUUUUGAGCCAUUUGUUUUAAAUUUGAUGUUUUUUGAGCCAUUUUUGCUAGAUUUUUGAGUUAUUUUCCCAGAUUUUGGCUGAUUUUCGAGUCAUUUCUGUUAAAAUUGUCUUAUUUUUUUGAUACUUUUUCCGCUGAAAUUUUUCCUUAUUUUUCGAGAAUUUUUCGUCCUUCUAGAAUCUUGAAGAGUUUCCCAGGUAGUUGAGUUAAUUAUCAGGUGAAACCCUGCUUUUAAAUUUUGAGUCAUAACUUUUUUUUUUUCGUGUUAUCGUCAAAUUUUCGAAGCGAAAACUUCUGGACUCGCUAUUUCACUUCAAAAGGAAAAAUUCAGGUCGAAAAUAACUUUAAAAUUGAUUUUUCGAGCUUUUCGACUUUGGAUUGUCAUUUUGGGCUCUGAAGUUUGCAGAAAUGAUAAAUAGAAUCUAUUCUUCUUUUUUUUCUCUGAAGUUGAAAAUUUUGAAAAAAAAAAUUGAGGGAGACGGUCUCUGUUUGAUUUUCUCAGCUGGGAGCUUUUGAAUUGAGUUUUGAGGUGCUUAUUUCAAAAUUCUCGUAAUUUUUUUCUCUUGAGAUUUUCUGAUAUUUAAGUUGAUUACAUGGGCGAUCAUCUGCUUUCAAGGUUUUCUUGAAAAUUUUUUUUUCUUGGUUGAAAUCAAAAGUUUUGGAGAAUUAAGCGAAAAGAGCAAAAGGAAGAUUGAAACAUUUCAUCUACUGAUUUUUUUGAAGUUUUUCUGGAACUCGUUUUUUUCUCAAUAUUCGAAAAAAAUUAUCAUUUUUUUGAUCAAAAAGAUCGAACUCGAUUAAAAAAAUAUUCUCUUCGUGGAAAUCCAAAAAAAUCUUCAAAAUUAAAGAGAGCCCGAAUAAUUUCAUUGAAUCGAUCUACUGAAAUUUCUAGAAACUCAGCUUUCCUUGGUCUUAUUUAAAGACUUUUUAGCAUUGAAACUUCUGAAAAUAACUUUUCCUGUUGAAAAUCAGAUCAAGCUUGAGUAAAAGUAUUCGUAUAUGGGAAUCAGAAGAUUUUAAGAAUUAAAUGAAGGCUGAAAUUGUUUUUAAACCUCUGCUUCUAUGUUUUUCAGACCUAAACAUAAGAAUUCUCUUGAUUUGAAUAUGAAAAAAAAGAAAAAAAGUUUUGUGUCCAUUGAUUUUUUCUCAUUUUCUUCGCGGUGCCGGUAUAUUUUGUUGACGGCCGGGUUGGAUUGACUGAGCGCCUUUGUUGAACUCGUCUUGGCCGACGGCAACUUUUUUCCUUCCCCUCGAUUCCUACUUGUUCUCUUCUUCUCGUCUGUCUCAGCAGCGAGAAACGCCUGAUUUUUGAUCGAGUUUCGGGAGAAACGGAUUUUUUCGGGACACUUUGAGGGAAAAUUUCAUUCAAAUUCGAUGUACAUUUUGCUCACGGUACAAAGUUCAUGGCUAGAAAAAUUUGCUGAAUAUUAAAAUUGAGCAAUUUGAAGCUUGAAAUAAUAAAAUUUUUAAAAUAUUUUUUUCGCGGGUUUCAGGGUUCGAUCGAUUUUUUUGAAAAACUAGGGAUUUUUUUCGGGACAUUUUUUUGGGAUUUAAAAAAAUAAAUUUAAAGAUAACGAAUAUGAAAAAAACUUUCCCUCUAAAAAGUCCCGAAAAAAAAUAGGUUUAAUAAUUUUGGAAAAAACCCAUCUACAUUUUUUGGCUUGUCAAAGUACGGAAAUUUUUUUUUUCAAAGUUUUUAAACUUUUGAAGGGAUUUAUUGGUACUGUAGAAGCUUGAGAGGUUCAGGAAAAAAUUUAAAAAAUUUUUGGAAUUUUUUUUUUGCUCGAUUUUUCGUAGUUAUAUGGAACACUCUGACCUGUCUGCGCUCUCUUCUCUCUCCUCGAGAUCUGAGAAAUUCAGAAAUAGUUAGAAAUAACAUAAGCUUAGGUGAGGGCACAGAGAAAAAAAAGAAGAAAAAAGCUUGAGAGGUUCAGGAAAUAAUGAAGAAUUUUUUAAAAUUUUUCUUUGCUCGAUUUUUUGUAGCUAUAUGGAGCGCUCUGACUUGUCUGCGCCCUCUACUCUCUCACCAAGGUCAGAGAAAUUAAAGAAAUGAGCUUUGGUGAGGGAAAGGAGGGCGCAGAGAAAAAAAGGAAAAAAAAACUUUUUAUAGAAUUAGAAGUGAAAAAAAAGAUAAUUGAGUAGCAAAACUUUUCCAAGAACAGAUUUAUUUUUUUUCGCGCAUUUACCAGGAAAAUUAGCGUAUUUACCAAGGCCUACUCUGUUUUUUUGAUCCUUGCUCAAACAUCUCUCCCGUGUUUUGAUAUAGAUUCCUCGUAAUUUGAGGGUUUGUUUUGGAGCGCAUUUGCUGCUGACCAACCGCCGCAUCUGCUAUUGUCCAUUUUCCCCUUCCUCGAUUUCUCGUUCGUUUUGAUUUGUUCGCUGCCGUCUCUUGUCAAAGCGGAAAUGUAAUCCGUUGGGUCCUCCUCUACUCGCCAAUUUUUUGCCUUUUUCCAAUAUAUGUCUUGCCGUUCGGAUUGAUGGCCUGGAGACGUCUAGAAGUGGUUUUUUUUGGCAAGGGAGAAGUAUUGGCUUUUUUUUUCUCUUUUUUCGGACUCUCUUAAGUUUUUGUAAGAAUCUUGGAGCGCUAUGUGGCAUUUUUUAUAUAUUUUACCUUUUUUGAGAUUUUUCUGGUCCAGUAGCUCUCAACGUAGUUCAUUCUGAAGGUCUUUCAAGACAUAUUUUAGUCUCGGAAGGUUUUUUCAGAAGAUUUCCCAACUAUUCUGAACCAUUCUUUAGAUUGAUGGAUAACUUAGAGAAUUUCAUAUUUUUGAUUUUUUCAGAACUUUUCUCGAAAUUUUUAAACAUUUUAGAAACGUCAUAACGCUUGCAAAAGUUUUCGGAAAAUUUCGGUCUUUGUCUUUUUUUUUUCCAAAAUGACUCAUGCCUUUUGAAGAUCUGUGGAGUUCGUAGGCCAAUUUCUGAACUUUUGCUUUUUUUUUAGUGAUUUUUGAAGCCUUUAAAUUUUUUUUCCUCGAAAGAAAGCUUUAAUUGAAGCUUGUGCCGUCAAAGUUGCUUAUUACGUUGUUUAAAGGAUCAUAGCGAAAUUCCGAAAAUGUCUCGAGACGAAGAGCCGUUUUUUAGAGUUAUUUCAAACGUAUAAAUGAAGAACUUUGAAACAGGUGAAAGGAAAAAUUUAGUUUUUUUGCUUUUUGAGGUUCGGAGAAGUUUUUAGAGUGACUUUUUACCUAUUUGAGUCUGAUAUUUUGUCAUUAACGGGUUUUUUUUUACCUCCUUAGGACAGUCCUUUCAGCUUCUUUAGCGCCCUAAUUUAUCCCUAGAUUAUCCCGCCCGAGUGUGCCCGGUUUAGGUUACGAAGGUCCGAGAUUUGAGAUUUUUCAUUUUAAAUUUUGGGGCUGCUAUUUUUUUCUAAUGAAUCUUGAGACGGCCAUUUUUUCUAAAUGAACUUGGGACUGCCUUUUUUUUCUAAUGGAACUUGGGACCUCCAUUUUUUUCUAAUGGAACUUGGGACUGUCAUUUUAUUCAUGGAAGUUGGGAGAGCCAUUUUUUUCUAAUGAAGUUUGGGACUGCCAUUUUUUUCUAAUGAAACUUGGGACUGCCAUUUUAUUCAUGGAAGUUGGGACUGCCAUUUUUUUUCUAAUGAAACUUGGGACUGCCAUUUUUUUCUAGUAGAAGUUGGGACUGCCAUUUUUUAGUGAAAUUUGGGACUGCCAUUUUUUUCGGAUGGAACUUGGGACUGUCAUUUUAUUCAUGGAAGUUGGGAGAGCCAUUUUUUUCCACGGCUAUUUUCCAUUACCUUUUUUAUACUCUCCUCCUUCCCCAACAGCUAUUAUAACAGCGGCUAUUUUCUUUCAUGAAACCCCAAUUUUUCUCUCCCAUCCUCACCCCUCUUCAUUUUCCGCGCUCUCUCGCGCGCAAUUAUAUAUUGUGUUGGGUUUCGCGUUGGAGUGGUUGUGUGUGUGUGUUGGGUCAAAGCCUCGCGUGGAGAUGUUCCUCUCUCUUUCCCAGUCAAAUGUGGACAAUUUCUGGCUCCGCUGGACCUUUUCACGUAUGCAUUUGGACUCGUUUCGCGUGUUCCGAAACGUUUUUUGAAGGUUUUUGACUAUUUUCCAGCCAAAAAUGAGUUUUUUCAUUGAUUUUCUGCCGCUUUUUUGAUUUUCCAAACAUCCUGUGUUCAAAAUCGCAACUUGUGCAGAUUUAAUGAGGUUUUCAACAUCAAAUGUACAAUUUGACCCGGGAUUUUAUUGAUUUUUGGAUUGAGAUUUGCGUUAUCAACUUUUUUUUCGAUUAAAAGUUUGCCUAUUUUGGAGGUUUUUAUUAAGAUUUCCGAGCGCAAAAAUGCAUUUGGACCUCGGAUUCCAUUACUUUUGGAUUCGGACUUGAGCUUUUAACGGUUUUACUGGAGAUUUUUGAGCUUUGAAAUCGUUUCCAGGGCUCAAAAAAUGUGUUUUGGUUGGCGAUUUUAUUGAUUUUUUAAAGCUUCCGAUGGCUCCUGAGCUCUUUUUUUGCGACGGCUUUUUCCAGAGAUUUUUUUGAGUGUUGAAAUUAUCUUUUUUUAUUUAUAUUUUUUUAUUGGUCAUUUAAGUGGCUGUUUUUUUAUAAUUCAUUUAUGCGGUUUUUAAAUUGUUAGAUAGGAUUAGUAAGUUCAGAAAAAAAUCGGAUUUAUUAAUCUUUUAAAAAUUUUUUUCCAAGGUUCAUUACAAUUUUUGGCAAGUUUUUUUGACCCGAUUUUAGCCAUUUUUUUCGAUUUUUCAAAAUAAAGAAAAAUAUAGUUUUUCAGACAUGCUGAUUUUUAUUGAAUUUUUUUGAAAUAUAGCUUUCUUAGUAAUUUUGAAAUUUUUGUCUUUUUAUUCUAGCCUUUCUAUUGAGUUUGACCCAGAAAAAUUGAUCGAAACAUUUUUUUUUGUUUUUCAAAAGAACAUGCUUUGAAACAGUUAUAUCAGCUAAAGUCUAACAUUUCACGUCAUUUUUUUUUUGAUUUUCCUAAAAAAAUUGACCGAUUUUUGUUCCAAAAUUCCCAUUUUUGCUCGAAAAUCAAAGAACCUGACAUCAUUUUCAACAGAAUUCAUUCAGAAAUUGUACUUGUAGAUACAAAUUUUCUCUGUUUUCGAAAAAAACCCACGCAGGCGUCAACUUUUUCACUAAGCUCUGGAAAAAAAAUUGACCGUUUUGAUGGGCUGAUUUACGACGGCCAAAGUGUUUUUCCUGGUCUCGGCCCCUGUUGAAAAGAGGAUUUUACAACGGCUAGCCUUUUUUUUGUCCGCUGGAAAAAAAGAUAUUGACUGGUUUCCCGAGGCUUUACUGAUUGUUUUUUUGGGGUUUUUUUCUCCAGUUUUGUCGUGAAAUUGAAAAUUUAUUUUUUUAAUUCGAAAAAAAGUGGUUUUUAUAUCGUUUUCAUAGAGUAGAAGUCGUGGGAAAAAAAAUUUUUAUUGAUUUUUUUAAAUUUUUAUAAAAAAAUUAUAAUAGAGCUGAGUCUGAAAUUUUUGAAGCUUGGUAGUUUUUCAAAAACCGAAAAAAACUCUAGUGGUCACUUAAGAGGUUCCCCUGGAGAGGACACUAAAGUGGCCACUCUUUAGUGGUCACUAUAGUAGUUCUAGUCCCACUUAGACUUCUAGAAAAGCCAAGAAUUUUUAGUCUCUUAAGUGGUCACUAAUUCGACUACUAUAGUGACCACUAAAACUUCAAAACCCUAAAAUGGCCACUAAACAUCUUCUCAGCAAUUUGGAAUUGAAAAAUUGAGAUUCUUGUGGCUUUUAUAUUCAAAUUCAAGGCUCCCAUCCAUCCAAUUUCCCUUUUCUACGAUUCCUCUCUCUAUUUUGACACUUUAUCUGUGUACUUUUUCAAAUUUCUCAUGCGUAUUCAUGUUCGUGGAACGACCUUUUUGUUGUUGAUCGACACGACAUUUUGCUUGAGUCCAUAGCAAAGCAAAAAAAAAAAAAGAAACGAAAUUGGAUUAGCGAGUCAAGUGCGAUGGCCACACGAAUGUUGAUCGAUGUAGGAGAACUUCUCCUCUUUUUUUUCGUGCUUGGAAAAGGGAAAAGCUUCUGGGACCCUCUUUAAUUGAAAAAUGGAACUCGCCGACGAAGGGCCUUUCUGAUUGAGUUGUGUGUGGCGGUUCCCUUUUUCCCGCUCCUGCUUUUUUUCCCCCAUCGAUGCCGGUUUUUGGUCCUGGACGUUUUGCAAGAAGCUUUAUAUUAGUUUCUAGCAGGGUCUCAGGCUUUUUUGAUUCUUGAUAGGAACCUUCAGGACGGUUUUUUGAUUUUUCCGCAUUUUUUGUAGAUUUUGAGAAGAGGAAGUCGUGAUUCUAUGUGCUUUUGGAGCAGUUUUUGGAGGUUAUUUAGGAUUUUCUGGGACUUGGAAGGAUUCAGUGGGAGUUCAGGACUGUUUUUUGGAAGCUUGAAGAAUUUUUCGGCCUUUGGAUUUUUUGUAAAAUUCUAGGAGAGGAAAUCUUGAUUUUAUAUGACUUUGGAGGUCAUUAAGGAAUUUUUUGAGAUUUGAAAGAAUCCAGGGAACUUUCAGGCCCAUUUUUUUGACUUUCAUUCAACUUCUAAAUGUUUUUAAAAUACGUUUUGUGAAUUAAUUUGACAUUUUAAAGGUUAUAAGACUUUUUCUGGUCUUGUAUUGAUUCUUGCAAGCUUUAUAUCAUUUUUUAGAAGUUCUAAGAGUUUUUCCAAGAUUUUUUGUCGCUUUGUAGGAUCCAUUGAACUUUCAGGGCUUUUUUGAAGAUUUCUACGGCUUUUUGAACAUGUUUUAAAGUAUUCUUUUGAUUUUGUAAGCUUUCUGAGGCGUUUUCUGUCUCAAAUUGGACCUUGGAAGAGAAAAAUCGUUGUUUUAUAUUAUUUUUUUGAGAAGUUUCAAGUAUUUUUUUCGGCUUUUUUUGGUGUUUGGUAGGAUCCAGAGGACUUUGAGAACCAUUUUUAGGAUUUAAAAUAAACUUUCUGACUUUUGGAUUUUCUAGAAAACAUUUUGAAGAAUAAAUUUGUAACCCUGUGAUUUUAUCGACGCUUUUUUCGAUUUUGCGUCGAAUUUGGAAGAUUUGGGAGAAAGUUAUGGUUUUUCAUAAUUUUUACUUUUUUUGAGGGGGGGUCUAAAAAUACGGAGAAUUCCAAGAUUUUUCAAAUAUAUUUUUUCGAAAACGAGCGGGUUUUAAAAUUAUUAUACAGACUAAUUGGACUUUUAAAGAUAUUUUUCGAGUAUCGGGAAUUUUUUUGUCUUUUUUUCAUUUGUCCGAAUCAAAAAUAUAGUUUUUCUACUUGUUUAUUUGUCCUCUCUGAAACUGUUGUCUCAAUUUGAAACGUUUCAAAAAAAUUUUGAUAGACGUGGGCGAGCUUUUAACUCUGAUUGAACGUCUGGAAAUUUCUCGCAAAGUUGAAAAAUUCGUCUUUUUUGUCUCAAAAUCAAAAACAAUGAGAACUUCUAGAGAUUAUCAGAAAAAUGUAGAGCCCAGACACGAAGAGUGAAUUCCCCAUGUCUGGACCCUCUUAUUUUCCCGCAGUCUCUCAGUUUCCUCGUGAUUCGAGUUGUUUAUCGGCCCAUUUCUGCGAAAUUCGCUCGUGAUUCUCAUAUCAGAAGCCCCGCCGCCAAUUAAUUACUGAGCAUUUUCAAUUUGUUUUCCUCAUUUUGCAGUUUAUUUCCCCCCGGUGAAUCUCAUACGGCUUCUCUAAUUUUUUUCUCCUUUCUCAGCGGUUUUUUUUCGCCGUGAAUGGGUUGAAUCGAGCGCCAUUUCGAAUUCUUCUUCUUCUUCUUUUUCGUCUUUUUUUUUUUGGUUUUAGCUUUUCUGUGCUUGAUGAGCCGUUCUGAGAAAUGGGAUAUUAGGAUUUUUUGAAGGUUUUUUGGUUGAAAAACAUUUUUAAGUUGGUUUGAAGCUUUUUUUCGUUUUCUCCACCAAAAAAGCCAUCAUUUUCCAUUCAAUUUUUUAUAAGGAGAUCGCCAAAAACUAAGGAGACGUCAUUUUUUGAAGAUUUUUCUAGUUUCGAAGCAGUUUUUUUCGGUGAUUUCCCGCAGUAAUGAUGAUUCUAAAGUUACUAGAAGUUUUUUUGAUCCACAAUAUUUUAUUAUUGAAAUCUAAUAACUAGGUUUGAAAUCAAGAAAAUGCCAUUUUUAGUCAAAAAAAAUUUUUCCCCAACCAUAAUUUUUUUAGUAGUUUUUCAAUGAAAAUUUGAAGUAAGAUUUUUUUCUCACGAAAAUAUAAUAAUAAAAGUUAAAAAAAAAAUUAUGACACAGUCGAUUUCCGCACUGACGUGCUCGGAGUUCAUUGGAGCGCGUUUGCCGAAAAAAGACCUUCCUUUUUUUUUUUCUUCCAACGAAUUUUCCGCCUUUUUUUGCUUUAAAGUUCAUUUCCUCCCGUACGCUAUCUAUUAGUCAAGGAAAUGUGAAAUUUCCUCUUUUUCCCGUUUUUUUCGAGCUUUACGAAUUCUUUCCUUUUUUAGUGAUGAUUCAGUCCAUUAUUUUCUUUUAUCUUGUUUUUUUAAAGUGAUUUCGUGCCGGUUUUAGGAGUUUUUAUAAAGAUAUUAUGCACUUAAAGGCUUUCAAAAUGAACAAUUUAGUGAAAAAUCAUGUUUUUAAUGAACUUUUGUUGCGUUUUGAACAGUUUUCCAAGGGUUUUUGGUCAAAAAUUCAAAAAAUAUGAAAUUUUUCUUUUUUCUUGAUUUUUCCAUCAAUAAUUCCCAUUGAUUUUUGAAUAAUAACCCAGAAAUUUGCAGCUCGUCCCAGCACGCGCACGGGCGUGCCUCGGGCGGUCAAUCUGGAAUGGGAAGUUCGAGCCGAUCCGCCGCCAGAAGGUGAAAAAAAUUCAUAUUUUUCUGAAAAAAAUGAAAAAAAUGAUCUUUGCCAUAGAAAUUUGUCACUGGAGGCUCGUUUUUUUGAUUGCUCGAAAUCUUUCAAAAAAAUGGAAAAAAAUUGGCCAUUUUUUGGUUCAUUUUUUUGGUACAGCGUGAAAGAUUUGGACUUGUUCAAUAAUCAAAAAAAUUUAUUACAGGUAAAAAAAGCGGAAAAAUAAAUUUUUUUAAUUUGAAUAUCUGAUGAAUUUUUCCAAAAUGCUCUGUAAAAUGCAUCGAAUCUCAUUUUUUUAUUUCGAAAAAAAUACAAAGAUUUUUUUACCUUAAAUUUUUUUCCUCACAUGAAAAUUCUUUUGUAAAAUUACCUAAGGCUCCUUUUUUUCGUUUUUCGCAUCUAUUUUAAGAAAAAAAUGACAUUUAUAUAAUGUAGAAAAAGGUCAAUUUCUCAAAAUUCUUGGAAAAUAAAAAUUUUUUUCGAGCUUUAUUUUUUUGGAUUGGGAAAUUUGAACCUUUUUUUGAUAGUUUUACUGAAAUUUGAGUUAAAAAGUAAGUCCUUGGAAGAGAAAUAAUGUCCUUUUUUGAAUUACACGAUUUUAAGCUUUUUUUAAAGGUUUUUUUCAAUUUUAAAAAUUUUUUUCAGGGCGCCGGAAGAUCCUCAUGUCGGCAAGUAUAAGCUGCUCAAAACGAUCGGAAAAGGAAAUUUUGCAAAGGUUUGACGAUUUUCUUUGCUUAUUGAUUGAUUUUUUUCAAUAGAAUCGAUUUUUUUAGUCAUUUUUUUCAUUGGUUUUCUGUCAAUUUUUGUUAAAAAAAAAUAGGGAUUUUUUUACUCAUUUUUUUCAAUGAUUUAUUAGCGUUUUUCUCAGUUUUAUCGAUUUUUCAAUAGUUUCCGAUAAUUCAUUGGAAUUUUUCUUAAGUAAAGUUGGUCCCAGGUAAAAUUUUGCAAAGGUAUGGCGAUUUUCGAUAGUUAUUGAUUGAUUUUUUUCAAUCCAAUCGAUUUUAACUCAUUUGUCAUCGAUUUAUGGUCAAUUUUAAUCAAUAAUAUCGAUUUUUUAAUAUUUUUUGAUGAUUUUUUGACAUUCUUCUCAGGUAAAAUUGGUCUUAGGUGAAAUUUUGCAAUCAUUUGACGAUUUUCAAUCAUUUUUCAUCGAUUUAUUUUCGAUUUCUUUUCAAUAGUUUUUAUUGACUUGUUGUCAACUUUUUCUCAAUAAUACGGUUUUUAAUCACUUUUCAUCGAUUCAUCAUCAUUUUCCUCAGCUAAAAUAGUCUCGAUUGAUUUUUUUUUUCUCAAUAGAAACGAUUUUUAAUCAUUUUCCAAUAAUUUAUUGGCAUUUUUCUCAGGUAAAACUGGCGAAACACACGAUAACGGGUCAAGAAGUCGCCAUCAAAAUCAUUGACAAGACGGCCUUGAAUCCCAGCAGCUUGCAGAAGGUUUUCUUUUUACUUUUAUUUCGAGGAAAAUCACAAAAAAAAUUGAGAUUUUUUUCCCCCUUUUUUAAAGGAAAAAUUGAUCGAUUUUUUUAAAAUUUCUAGGUUAAAUCUAUUGAUUUUCGGCUUCUAGUUUCUUUUUUUCGUGCCAUUCAUCUUGUUAUUUUUUUCUUUCUUCAAAAAUUCUUUUUAAUCUCUUGAGAGUUUUGAAAUUCUAUUUUUUUCUCAUUUUGUGACGUCGUGUUUGUAGGAGGCGAAAGCGGAAGGAAAAUUCGAAAAAUUUUUGUUCCUUUUUUUAGUAAAAAAAUAAAAUUUUUUUGAAGUGAAAAAAAGUCAAGUUUUGAAUGUUCAAAAAUUCAGUUUUUCUAUCAUUUAAACUACUUAUGAGUAAAAGAAUAAUCAAAUUUGCCAAUUUUUUUAAUUUUUUUAAUCGACUUGGAAAACUUCAAAAAAAUGAAAAAAAUUUGGUUUUUAUCCCAAAAAAAUGGAGCUUUUUGACGACCUAAAAGUCUCAAAAUUUGACAAAUUUUGAAGAUUUUUACACUGGGACCCUAGAGUGGUCCCUAAAAGGGUUUAAAGCCCCUACAGUUGACAAAACAGUGUUUUAGUGUUCCCUAUAAAGGUUUAUGGUCCCUGAGGCCCUUAAGUGACCCUUAAAAUGGUUUUUUGCAGUUAGAUUUUCUGAUAUGGAAGUUUAGAGGACGUAGAGGAGCACUUUUGCAAGGUUUAGUGGCCCCUAUAGAGGUCCCUAGAGGGGCUAGGAAGAAAUAAAAAGAGAUCACUUACAAACUUCCCUAGAGUGGCCUCUUUUGUGAGCUUCAGUGCCACCUAUAAAACAAGGAAAGUAGCCCCUUGAGGGAACCCCUUUAGUGACCACUCUAGCGUUCAAGAGCGGAAAAAAAAGGAUUUUUUUCUUGCAAUGUGCCCCCUAUAGAGGGACCCCUUUUAUGAGCCCUAAGAGAAGGUAAAGUAGCCCCUUAAGCGGAAUCGGAGUGCACCCCUCUAGUGACCACUCAAGCGCCCAAAAACCGGCAAAAAAAGAAUUUUUUUUUUCAGCUUUUCCGCGAGGUGAAGAUCAUGAAGCAGUUGGACCAUCCGAACAUCGUCAAACUUUACCAAGUCAUGGAAACGGAACAGACACUUUAUUUGGUUCUGGAAUACGCGUCCGGUGGAGAGGUUUGUAAUGAAAGAAAGUAAACCCGAAAAAUUGCCUAGUUUUCCACGGUUUUCUUGAGAUCAUUUCAAAAUUUUAGGACCAAAAAAUGUAAAUUCAAAGUUUCAAGAAUGUUUAGGUAGGAUUACUGUUUCAGUGAAGUAUUUUUAUAGUGAAUAUCGUUGAAAUAAUAAUAUUUUUGUAGGCUUGGUUGAGAAAAAAAUUGAGGUUUUUUUAGUGACAAUCCAAAAAAAUUUUUGGAUUUCGAGGUUUUUUUGAAUGAGCGAGGAAAAAAAUAAGGUUUUUCAAGGCUUUUUUUCAAUUAAAAUUUUGAUUUUUCUGACUUUUUUGAAAAAAAGUCUGGUAUUUUUCCGAUAAAAAAAGUUGAAAUAAGCCUCGUUUUUUUGAAGUUUUUUUCGAAUUAAAGUCGGAAAAGUUCGAUUUUUCGAGGUCAUUUUUCACUGAAAAUUUCAAAUAGGUCACUUCUCCAGGUUCCUUUUUUUCAUAAAAAAAUGUGAAAAAGUCUGAUUUUUCUAGAGUUUUUUUAAAUUAUAACUCAUUUUUUUGAAGUUCCUUUUUAUCGAAAAUCGAAAAAAAGCUAGAUUUUUCAAGCUUACGACGAUGAAAUUAGUUGGAAUUUGUUCCAAAUCUUGAUUUUUUUAUCGUAUUUUUUUCAUUAGAAUCCAAAUUAUUGAUUUUUUUAGUUCAUUUUUUUGUAUUUUUUUCAGGUCUUCGAUUAUUUGGUGGCCCACGGACGAAUGAAGGAAAAAAAGAGGCCCGGGCCAAAUUCCGGCAAAUCGUCUCCGCUGUACAAUACUUGCACUCGAAAAAAAUAUUAUUCAUAGGUAAUUUUUUUGGGUUUUUGCAAAUUUUUUUCUGUCUAGAUUUCCAAAAAAAGCUUGAAAUCCGUGAAAAAAAUCGACUUUUUUUCAUUAUUUUGAUGGUUUUGGUCUUUUGAAAAAAACUUCAUUUUUUUGAGUUUUUUUGCGUUGAAAGUUUGGUUUCGUCAUGUAAAAAUAAUGCAUAGAAAUGGUUCAAAAUGUUAGAAAGUCAUUAAAAAAAUGAAUAUUUUUUUCAAAAAAAUAACCAAUUUUUCUGAUGAUUUUUAGUCGUUUUUUUCUCACAUUUUUAAGGCAGAAUCUUCACUUUUUUGCCCAAUUUUUUUGAGUACUUCCAGAUGAGAUUUUUGGUUUUGACUCCAAGAAAUAUUGAAGAAAAAAACGCUUCAAAACUUGUUGAUUUUUCUAAAUUGAAAAAAAGGAAAAAUGAGUAGUUUUUUUAUUUAUUUUCAGAGACUUGAAAGCCGAAAACUUGCUGCUCGACCAGGACAUGAACAUCAAAAUCGCCGAUUUUGGUUUCUCAAAUCACUUUUCUAUAGGUUUGUUUUGAAUUAGAUUAACAGAAAGUUCAAGAAUUUUUGUAUAAAAAGCUCUUGAAACUAUAAUUUUGAAGAUUUGGUCAUUUUUAUUGGAUAAUUUAGAAAACUGACAUUUUUUCAAAGUUUUGCUGAAAAAAUCCUUUUUUUUUGAGUUUUUCGUGGACGUUUUGAACUCAAAUAAGUACUAGAAAACUGGAAAAACUUGUCUUUUUUGAUUCAUUUUUGAGUUUGGCUCGCUUUUUCUUGUCAUUUUUGCAUUGUAAAGUUAAUUUCCGAGAAAAUUUCUCCUUCAGUUGAUUCAUGGAAUUGUUUUCAUUUGAUCUAGGAUAUUGGAGAAUUUUCAGUAGAAGUUUUUUAUUUUUUAAAAACUUUAUCACCUUCAAAAAGAGCCAAAAAUGCUUGAAUUUCGGAGCCUACUCCUAUGAAAAUGGCUGAUCAGUAAAAAAAUAAAAUGUUUCAGAUAAUUAAGAAAAAUUGCUAUAACUGCUCUUGGCACCUCUUCCGUGUGAAUCAAAAAAAGUUAUUUAUAAGGAGAAUAAUAUUCCAGGUAACAAGCUGGACACGUUCUGCGGGUCUCCGCCCUACGCGGCCCCCGAACUGUUCAGCGGCAAGAAAUACGACGGCCCCGAAGUCGACGUCUGGAGUCUCGGCGUCAUCCUCUACACGUUGGUCUCCGGAUCCCUGCCCUUCGACGGCCAGAACCUCAAGGUUUUUUUUUUUCAAAAAUAGAGCUUUAGAGAAAUUUCAAGCUUCAAAAAUAGAGAUUUUAGAAGCUUGAAAUGUCAAUGAUAGUUAGUAAAAAAAAAUUAGAAAAGAGAUAGCGCGUGGUUGGUGGAGAGCGCAGACACGCCACGCCCCCUCAGAGUCCCAAGAUACCCGUAAAUCGGCUAUAACAAGGGCACUGCGAUUUUUUUCCUUUUUCCGAGGAGUACUGUAUCCAAAAGUCCGCAAUCUGAGUUUUCCUCUUGCGUGUUUGCACUUUUUUCGCUCCUUAAUAGAUUAUAGCUACAAGAACUUCAAAAAAUUUUUAAAAAAUCUUGGAAACGUCACGCAACAACAUUGCAAACACACAAAUUCCAAACCUCAGAAUUUUCACGUACAGUAUCCAGUAUCCUUCGAAAAUGGAAAAAUCGCUCUUUUGAUAAAACAAAUUUCCCUUGGAGCCCAAAAGUAUUUUUGUAAUCAUGCUCCUUCAUCCUCAUUUUUCCAGGAGCUCCGAGAACGGGUCCUGCGAGGAAAAUACCGUAUCCCGUUCUACAUGUCGACGGACUGCGAGAACUUGCUCAAGAAGUUUUUGGUCUUGAACCCGGCCCGACGGAGUUCUCUCGAUGCGAUCAUGAAGGAUCGGUAAGGGUCUUUUUUAGGGAUAUUUUUGGGCUUUUUUCGGGAUUUUUUUAGGGAUUUUUUAGGGUUUUUUCGGGAUUUUAUAGGGCUUUUUUCGGUAUUUUUAGGGAUUUUUUAGGGUUUCUUAGGGCUUUUUUCGAAAUUUUUUAGGGAUUUUGUAGGGAUUUUUCAAAGAUUUUUCAGGGAUUUUUUAGGGUUUUUUUCGGGAUUUUUUUAGGGAUUUUUUAGGGUUUUUUCGGGAUUCUAUAGGGCUUUUUUCGGUAUUUUUUUAGGGAUUUUUUUAGGGUUUCUUAGGGCUUUUUUCGAAAUUUUUUUAGGGAUUUUUGUAGGGAUUUUUUUCAAAAGAUUUUUUUAGGGAUUUUUUUAAAGGAAUUUGUAGGGAUUUUUUUGAGGAUUUUUUUCAGGGCUUUUUUUCGGAAUUUUUUAGGGAUUUUUUUAGGAGUUUUUUUAGAGCUUUUUGUUAGAUGUUUUGAGAAUAAUUCUUUUUUUGGAAAGUUUUAGGAUUUUUUCGAAUUUUUUUUGAGAAGUUUCGUAUAAUUUUUUGAUUUCUUGAUGGUUUUUAGAUUUUUAGGGUUUUUUCGAUAAUUUUUUGGGCCUCUUGGAGAUUUUUCGUAUAAGUUUUUUGAUUGCUUUUGAGAAUUUUUGAUUAAUAUUGGGAGUUUUUUAGGAAUAUUUUAGGGACUUUUUGAUGAUUUUUAGAGUAUUGGGAGUUUUUUUUUUGAUAAUUUUUUAGGUCUCUUGGAGAUUUCCUUGUAAGUUUUUAGACUGCUUUUGAGAUUUUCUGAUUUAUUUUUGAAAUAUUUUAAGGACUUUAUGGAUGCUUUUUAUAAUAUUGUGGGCCUGUUUAAUAUUACUUCAAGUUUUUUGUGACUUUUUGAUGAUUUUUCGAUUUUUUCAGGUGGAUGAACAUUGGCUAUGAAGACGACGAGUUGAGGCCCUAUCUGGAGCCGCCGAAAGACCAAAUCGACGAAUCGAGGAUCGAGAAACUUAUUCAGGUACUGUUAAGAAAAAUUUAGAAAGAAAUGAGUGAUUGAAAAAAAAAUGGCAAAAAAACUCCGCCAAACUUGCUCCACCGCUUAGGAACGCCAGAGUGACCCCGAUAGGGGCAACCUUAAGGGCCUGUGGAGGGUCGUCUCUAGACCCCGCUUUACCAGCCCCUAUACCACCUAAUUUGACCUUCAUACCACUUUCUCGACCCCUAUAGAGGCUUUUCUCCCCCCCUGACCCCUAUUGGGGGAUUCCUAAGUGUUUAGAAACGCCAGAGUGGCCCCUACAGGGAUUAGGAGGAAAGUUCCCUAGAAGGAGGCCAAGAAGAGCUCCCUAGAGGUCUAAACUUUAAAUGGUCUCUAUAGGGGUUUAGGGUUUGAUAACUUGAGUCAAUAUACCUUAAGUGGUUCCUAUAGUGGUAUUUUAAUUUUUUGCUGUCGAUUUGAAGUAAAAAGAGCUAACAAUAAUAAUAAUAGGAAGUCGAGAAAGCUCCCCUAAAGGGACCACUUUCGCAAGUUUUAGUGGCCCCUAGAGGGGUUAGGGUAAAAAAAAGGCACUAUAGGAAACAAGGAAGUGCUCCCUGAAGGUCUAAAAUUUAGGUGGUCCCUCUAGGGGUUCAGAGUUUGAUCACAUGAGUCAAUAAAGAUUAAGUGGUCCCUAUAGUGGUAUUUUAAUUUUUAGUUGCAAUCUGAAAGUUAGAAAGAGGUUUCAAAGAUACUGAUAGGAACCUCUAGAAUGCGCCCCUAUAGGGACCACUUUUUCAAGAUUUAGUGGCCCCUGGAGGGGAACCUUCAAGGGCUUCUGAGGUUGCCCCUCUGGGGACCACUUCGGCGUUUUUAAGAGUGAGAAAAAAUCGAGAAAUUUUUGAAUUUUCGAGCCUUUUUUCCAACUUUUCCUUAUAAAUUUUCUGUUUCUUUUGAAAGUCGUAUAUAAAAGUAUCAUAUAGUUCAUCCGUUGAGACCGAUUUUGACUUUUUUGAUUCCAGAUGGGCUUCAACAAGGCUCAAAUUCUGGACGCCGUCGAAAAGGAAAAGUUCGAAGACAUCCACGCGACUUAUCUUCUCCUCGGAGAACGGAAAUCUGAUGUUUGUUUUUUUUCCAAAUAUUCCUUUUCAGAAAUUUUUCUCAUUAUAUUUACUAACAGGUUUUUUUAUCUGAUCACCGACUAAAAUGAGAGAAAUUUGCUUGUUUUUCAUGAACCUUUGCAUGCCUAAAAAGAUUAAUAAUUGCUUUGAGAGUUAAGAAAAAUUUAAAUAAGUGCACUUUUUCUUAUAGUUUUAAUGAAGUGGUGGUGACUGGAAAUGGGUUUGAAGCUGGAUUUUUUGAAUUUUCGACAGAAAUUCGAGAUUUGGCUUUUUUCCUAUAGAGCUCGUUUGAUUCUCGAAAAUACCUUUUGAUUUAUAAAUCAAUAAAAGCUCAAAAAUGGGCGUGUCCAACCAAUUAGAGACACUUUCGCGAUGGAGCGCGCUUGCUAAUUAUGAUGAAAUGAAGAAAUUUUGACUGGAGAAAGUGAAAAAUGUUCAAAAAUAGGCGUGUCCAACCAAUUAGAGGCUCUGUACGAUCGAGCGCACUUUUUAAUUAUGAUAGGUUAGCCGAAAACGAAGAAAUUUUGACUAGAAAAAGUACGAUACAAUUGAAAUUUUCGAUUUUUCUUGUCCCCUAGCUUACUUUUUUUCCAAUUUUUUCAAGAAUCGGAUGAAGAAAUGUGCUUUUUAAACUUCUUUUUUCACUGACCAAAGUAAAGAAGACCGAUUUUAAUGGCACCUUUACCUGGAACUUUACUAAAAACCCACCAAAAUAACCACCACUUCCCCCCUGAAACGUCAAUAAUAAAUAAGGCGUGUGCAUUGUUUUGGCUACAUCUCAGAUGGACGCCGGCGAUAUCGCGAUGGCCCAAAGUCUGAUCACGCACUCGUCGAUCAACGUCUCCUCGACGCUGGGCACGCUGCCGGCCGGCGUCAUCACGACGGCUUCUGCCGCCGCCGCCGCCUCGGUACGUCUUCCGGAGGUGUUGCUUGUCCCUGAAGACGUGCAUGUUCGACGUCUUCUCCCCUCGUCGGAAAUUUCCUGAAAAUGGGCCAGGAUGCUUCUUGAACUACUCGAAGUAGUUCCUGAACGUCUCAACCUUCAAAACUUUCUAGUUUUCAAGAAAUCUAUUUUAUAGAGUUUGAGGUGUAUUUUCUCAAAAACUAGCAAUUUUCCCAGAGUGAGACUUUCAGAAUAUCCAUCUGGUACAUCUAGGAGUUCCCUGACCGAUUUUCAAAAAAUUCCCAAUUAAAAAGUAGGGGCUUCAAAAUCUGAGAUUUGCAUGGAGUGCCCCCCGUUUGGAUCAGCACGUUUUCCCGACUUUAACUUGAAUAUUUUCCCAUUUUUCGAUUUUUAAAAUUUUAGAUUUCUUUUUAGUUUUCGUCGUGGUGUUUGAUUAUUGAUUUGUGUCAUCAAAAGUCGAUUUUACCAAUUUUUCGAUUUUUCAAAGGUUUUUAAAUUGAAAAAACGAGAAAUUUUAGAGUUUUUUUUAGUUUUCGUCGUGGUCUUUGAUUAUUGAUUUUUUUCACGAACCAAAAAGUCGAUUUUUCCAAUUUUACACGGCACAGUGGUAGAACGGUUCAGUUGAAAGUGAAGAUCGUGAAUUUUCAUGACCAAUAGUCCAUUUUUCGCGACUUGAAAGGAACUUCUCUGCACCCUCUCACUUUAACGCGCUCUUUUCAUGUUUCUCUGACCUGAACAGAAAGACGCAGACAUUUUCAAGUCGCGACGGACUUCCUUACGGAUUCCUUGAACUUUUCGGUUUUAGCCAUCGCGAUACUCUUCGCGGGCCGGUUCCGCCCAGUCGAACGGAGCCGGCGGCUCGAUAACCGCCGGUACGGCCGCCAACUCGGCCGGCGCUGCUGCCGCAGCCGCCGCCGCCAAACAGCCGUCCAGAAGGAGCAGUCAGAACGACGCCGUCGUCGGCGCCACUGGAAGCAACUCGGCCAGGGCUGGGGUUAGUUUCGUAGGUGGCUAGAGCUGGUGAUAGGACCUCCCGCAAAGUUGAAAAUGAGUAAAAAUGUGAGAAAUUGAGAAAUAAUGACCCGUUACCACUUCUGGGGUCGACCCGGAAAGUCCCAUCCCAUCAGCAGCUUUGGAAACAACUAGGAAAAUAGUCGAUUAACGUUUAGAAUCAAGCUAUCCCGAAUUGAAGUGAGCACUGCCUAGUCAACCUUACCUCCCUGAGAAUAAUAGCAGUUUCCUCUUUUUGAAAGUUUUUUCAAGUCAAUUGUUUUUUACCUUUCUUAGUGCGCUUGGAACAGAUAAGAAGAAAAAGCUUGUUUCAAAAUAGGAAAAAAAUGGCCUCGAAAUAUUCUUCUUCUCCUGGGAGCUUUGAAAAACGCACAGAAAAGAGCAUUUUGAGACAUUUCGAAACGUUUUGUUCAAUUUUUUAAGCUUCGGUAAAGGUCUGAAAUUGGUUAUUUCCUAGCUUUAAUCAAAAAUCGUGGUCUAAUUCUUUCUCAAGAGUUUAAAUUUUUGAAAGGCGGUUUUCGGAUUGGAUUUUGGAUGAAUGGAGAUUUUGGUAAUAGAGUGCUUCUUUCAGAAAAUAUUAACGUUUUAGGCAUUUUCCCUAUUUUUCUAAAACCUUGGCUGAGUCUUAUAAAAGUAUUUGAAGUGUUUUUUAAUCAUAGAAGCUUUAAAAUUCCAUAUUUCUUUAUGAGAACUCAUCAAUUCCUAUGAUUUUUCAGCAAGUAAUCCUCCGGAAUCAGCCCAACCCACGGCAUCCGGCGUUAAGUCUCCAGCCGCCGACCUACAAGCCUAGUCAGUUUUUUCGACGGAAACUGGCAAUCAGGAGAUGAUUUUCCAGCGGCGACAGGCCAGCAACAGCCCUCCCAGCAGCAGCAAGGAGUCCCGCCGGGCGGACCCGUCCUCUUUUCAAGGCCCGGAACGACUCCGGUCACCACCACCACAACCCAGGGUCCCCGGAAAUCCAGCGACCCCAAGGGUCGGAUCCCCCUCAACCAAGUCGGAAGCCACCGAGCCACCACUGGAAUCGCCCCCAGUCAACAUCAGAGGGACCGAGAGUCAGUUUAUGGGUCUUGGGUGGAAAUUAGGGAGACUUGAAGUCUUUUGGGAGUUUUUCCGGGUCUUGGAAAGAAUUAGAAAGUACGGUCGAUUUAUGGCUAGCUUGAGAUGCGAAGGGGCGUGGCUUGUCUGCGAUCUCCGCUUACCAGGCACUAUCUCCUCUUUCAUCGUGUCAGGACCCAUUUUCCGAUUUUCGCCGCGAAUCAGCUAUAUUUGACUUUUUGUAUUAGUCUAGUGAAGAGAAAAUUUCAAGAAUCCUGAAAAUUCUGUUUUUUCUUGGUCCUGGAUAGAAAUUAGAGAGACUCGAAGUCUUUUGAGAGUUUUUCUUGGUCUUGGUCAGAGAUUAUGAAGUUUAGUCGGUUCACGGCUAGCUUGAGAUCUUAAAAGGCGUGGCCUGUCUGCGCUCUCCACCAAUCAGGCACUAUUUCUUCUUUUAUCGUGUCAAGACCCAUGGUCCUGGAAAAUUAGGGAGACUUUUGGACUUAGAAGCCCUUUCUUGACUUUGAGGAUAGUUGAAAGGAAACAAAGGCUUCAGAAUUGACUGGAAUUUUUGGGAAAGGGUCUCUGAGAAAACAGAUUUCUGAAUUUUUUAAAAAUCGGUUGAGACACUUGAUAAGGGUCCGAAAAUUCGCAAAACUUUCGAUUAUUCGAUUUUUGAAGAUUGAGAAAAAAAAUCCUACAACGGCUUUUUAGGAGCUUUUUGGGUUUUUCUUUGACUUUAAGCUUUUUUCUGGAAAUUUCGCUUUUUGAAGUAGAAUUAGGGGUCUUUCAGUGAAGAAAUAAGUGCUAUUCGAAAUUUUUUAGACAUUGUGAGAUGAUUUUGAGACUUUUCUGGUUCAUUUCAAAUGAUUAUAUCGAUUCGGCUAUACUUGAAAAUCUAUCCAACUUGAAAAAAUGAGGCUUACAAUGAAAUUUAGGACAUAUCUAAAGUAAAAUGACUGAAGUUACAGUAGUCUUAUCGUUUUUUCAUCCCCGGACGUAUUCCAAAAAAGAUUUCACUUAUAAGGAAUGAAGCAACUUGGAUUUAUGACUAGCUGGAACCAAAAAAGACAGUUUUUGAACUCGAACUGAAUGCCCGAUAUUCCAGUGCCCAGUUCAUGAACCUGACCUCGUCGGCUUUGAUGAGCAAACUCGCCCCGGCGCCACAGAUGAAGAUCCCCGCGGCUAUGGCGCAGGCUCAGGCGUCCGCCGCCGCCGGAGCGGCUCCUCUUCAGGUAUAGGAAAAGGACGAUUCACCGGAAAAUUCUUAGUGGCCACUUUAGUGUUUUGACGUUUGAGUGGCAUCUAUAGCAGUCGAAUUAGUGGCCACUCAAGUGUCUGGAAUUCAGUGACCUCUUUAGAGGUUUAAACGGCACUAUGGGGACGCUGAAAACUGCUAUGGUGGUCACUAAGACAAAAAAUAGCGGCUUCUAUAGAGGUGGUUCUAGUGGCCACUCUAGUGCCCUCUUCAAGUACUUUUUUCCAGAAGUCCGGCUCGCAAAUCUCGCACGCGCCCACCGAACCGGUCAUCAAGGAGGACGAAGAUGAGAGCAGCGAAUCUUCCAUCGGAACUCCUACCGCAAAUGGUUCGUUUCUUUUUUUAACAUUGAAAACCCCCAGAGAUCUACAAGAAUUUUUUUACUGGGUUCUCCCCCAAGACCUUUUUUUCUUGACUCCCAAGCAGAAGAAAGUAAAAUGACCCCCCCCUGUUAGGCGCUAUUUUUUUGAAUAAUGACGAAAUACUUGAUCCUCAAAAUAAAAGGGCUUUCUCUAGGAUCAGGGCUUCCGCUGAUCGGCGGCGGAACCGCGGCCGGAACCUCGAUGCCCCCUGCAUCACCGUCCGGCGUCUCUUCUCCGGAAGACACGACGACGUCAGCUUCCCUGGAACCAAAGUCCCCUGGCCCCGACGUCAAGGAACCCGCCUCCAAGUGA